CACGGAACGCCAUCUCUAGGCUGUUCAACGUAUUUGUACUCGGUUUCAAGUGCGUCGAGUCCCAACUUUCCGCCAUUUCUCCCUUGGUAAUCGAGGAGUGAUCUCAUCUUCAGAUCACAUGUCCGUGUACGACACACAAACUGGCAGCGUGCGUUCGGAAGAGGAUCUCCCAGCUUACGCCGAGCUAUUCGAUGAUUGCCAUAGCCCAAACAACGAACUGGAGUCACCUAUUCUUCCUCAAAGUUGUGUUGCUUCGAGUUUCACUCCCUCGAGAACUGGAGAUUGCGACUAUGCCUCGUCGGAAUGGCCCUCGGAUAGCCGUUCGUCUGCAUCCACUGCGGCGGAGGCGGUGACGUUGUUCCAAGUGGAAGGCCAAUUUUUUACCCUCGUGAAGGAGACGCCUAGUUGGAAGCGGAGAAGUGUUUGCGAAGUGAAGAUCGUUCAGAGCAGCACGACAAAGGCCAUGCGCGUGCACAAUACUUGCAGUCGCAGCCGGAUCUGGAGUCUCUACACGGGCUCCUCUAUAGAGCGCGACUACGAAAAAGGAGGGGUGUUUUGUCUGCGGUGCCCGACUACCGAGCUUGCCCAGGCCUUCGAGGCUGCGUAUAGAAAGACCCAUGAGAUGAACGCGUCGUCUGUGAGCACUCGCGUUAUGCCGCGGGUGCGCGCAGGGCACGGCCACGGAGACAUAAACACAAUCUAUUCUACAGAGGGGAAACUGUUUAUUAUCAAUAAGGGCUUACGCGACUGGGCGGUGCAAGGCAGCUGCGUGGUAAAGUUUGUGCAGGAUAUGGAGACAAAAUAUGUGCGCCUUGUCGCCGAGCGCAAGAGAACGGGCAAGAGACGCGUAAACCAUCAUAUGCCAUUUGCCAUGACCCUAUGCGCGCAUAAAAUUUGCGAGCGCGCGAUGUUAUGGGGUCUUUCCUCUGACUCUCUUUACAGCCGGGAUUUCGCACAAGGGCCGGUGUUUUGCCUUCGCUUCGCGAAUUGUCGAUCUCGCUGUGGACUUCGAGAAAGCCUUCAAGAAAGCGCAUGCGAUGCACUGGGCUGCAGUGCGGAGAGUAUCACAGGCAUCUCCGCACCCUCAUGGCGAGGCCAAAGAGGCGGACCCGACGCCGACCAUAUGCGAUCCUACCAAAUCCUGCGGUAAGACGUCGCUUCCCCCGAAGUACGACGACUAUCGCGCGCCGGAGGUACCGGUUUCCUCGACGCAUCCCAAGGUGGCUCCCCCGUCGUAUUCUGCUCAUGCUACCCAGCAGCUCAGUGGCGAAGAGCGGCCUCGUAGGAUACGCGACUGGCUCAGCCGUGUUUUAUCCAGGUUCUUUUGAAGGAUGGAUAGUAUGCCGUUUCUAGCCUCUCGCUUUUACUCCUCUCUGUGCCUCAAUGCAGCCAUUUGGUCGUACGUUGGAUGUCAACAUAUGAUCUACACUUAAAUAUAGUACUACCACCUUAUAAGCGGUCUUCCAUUCUGACUAUUGAC